GAGGUGGGGUGACUUCGAGGUCUAUGAGUCGCCAUCAACCGGGCAUGUUGUACGCACUGGGCAUGCCGGACUAAUAGAGUCGUCAGAGAGCUUCCACGGAAGGGAUUCAGGCUUCAUGUCAUUCGCAAGUGAACUCAAAGGGCACAGUAUGGCAUGAGAAGACGAGAUAGACACAACGGGGGAUGACAACGAAGAGAUGACGGCGGGUGGAACACCACCAAGGAAUGAGCGUCCUUUGGCUGAGAUGACUGCCUGCACCGCUCCUCCAGGCACUCCAAUACUAACGCACUUCACAGGGGACCUGGCAGCGGCAGCGGCAACUGCAACAGCCACAAGAAAACAGGGAGCGCAUAAGCAUGCAGCUGCGUGUGAACCUGCCCAUUCCAAGUGUGGUGACCGUACGCCUGUCACUCAGCCCCCGAGCUUCGUGCAACUACAGCAAGAAAACGAGGCUUAAAAAAAACGCUGGUGGGAGUCACAGGCGAGGGCAACCAGAAUCGCGGGUCACCAUGGUGCGAAGCCACAUGGGCAUCGGCGCCACAAGGCACGUCGGCUGCACACCUCACCAACUCGGGAUGAUGGUGCUGGCACACAUCAGCAGCCAACGAAUCUCAACCAUUGUUCAAUGCCGGCCGCUGUAGCGAGGGCAGUCGAUUGUGAGCUGCAUCGUCGGGGUGGCACUCAUUGGCAGUGGGAUGUCAACAGGAUGCGCACUGAAUGGCCUGACAGGAUGGAAUCCGCUCUAAAGACCAUACCCUAUGUGUACUCAGGAUUUAAGGUGUGUAGUUACGCUACUUCUUGACUCCGGUUUCCACACAUGUGGCUGUUGUGUUACAUGUGGAUGCAGCUUUUGGUGUCAUCUUCCACCUUGCCACCAGCACCUGCCCUCUUGCACCUUGCCUCCGUGCCCUGCCCUGUUGCACCUUGGCACGUGCAUCUGCCCUCUUGCACCUUGCCACCAGCACCUGCCGUCUUGUGCCUUGCCACCAGCACCUGCCCUCUUGCACCUUGCCACCAGCACCUUGUUGGAGAUAGGCUGCAAUUCGGUUGGCACAACUUCGUGUGUUAGGAAUUUGUUGGUUUUAGGGUUAGGCAUAUUUGUUAGGUUGGGUGUAGCUUUGUUUUCAUCCCCAACCUAUCCCAACCCAAUCCAUCCCAAAUCCCCUCCGAUUUGGGGGGAUUCCCUUGGGAUUCCCUCCAAUUCUCCCUUAUCCCUUCCCAUCCUCUCUGAUGCUCGGUACUUAAGGUUGUAUGCUCUUGCUCAUUCAUCAAUGAAGCUCUCAUUUUAUA